AUGUGGUGGCGUGAAAUUGUGCAGAUGCAGGGCUUAAUCGAGGCUCUCUAUCUCCCAAAGACUACCCCCAAAACGUGGUUCCGAAAUUAUGAAGCUAGGAAGGGCGACAAUCGCUUGUUUGGCAAAUUGAAUGCACUCGCCCGAGAUGUUGAGAGAGUGGAGUCGGUCCGGGAGAUCAAGGAUGUACAGCGAACCUUUGCUCAACUGGCUCAAUUCGGAAAGUGGAGGGACAUGGCUGCUCUAUUCUCCAAUAAUGGUAGCUUGCAAUGGGGAAACGAAACCGCAACUGGACUAGCCGCUAUCGAGAAAUGGCUCCGGGUCGACGCCGGCGCCAUGGAUGGAAUCCGAUCUGGAUCUCUAGACACCAUGAUAGCCGAGAAUGGAUUGGUAACUCUUUCGGCAAACGGCCGCAUCGGCAAAGCGCGCUGGAACGGAUUACGCUUUAUGGGGGAUGGAGCUGGGGGAACGCGUAUCCAAGGAGGAAUUUACGAGAAUCAGUACGUUCUCAGCAACGGCCUGUGGAAGAUCUCACUGUUGCACUAUUAUCCGCUUUACUCUGGUCCAUAUGUCGGAGGCUGGCGUACUAGUAACGGUGCUGUUCCUAUCAUUCCAUAUCACUUCGUAGAACAAGGUGUAGAUCCAGGUGUCGCCAUUCCACUCGAGGUUGGCGAAGCUCCCCCCGCUAAAGCAUCAAUCGAGGAACUAGCCCAUCGUAUAUCUCGGCUGAACGACGAGGACGCCAUCCGGAAUAUCCAGCAUUCCUAUGGCUUCUACGUUGAUCGUCGGAUGUGGGCCGACGUGGUUGAUCUUUUCGCCUCUGGCUCCACGGUUAAGAUAGAUGGCGUUGGCACAUACGAGGGGGCAGCGGGUGUCCGGCAAGCAAUGGAGCGCAUGGGACCGGAAGGUUUGACCCAGGGAAUUCUCAAUGCCCAUUAUAUCUUCGAUCAAAUCGUGGAAGUGGAUCUAAACGGCCGUGAGGCUACUUCUCGAGGUAUUGAAGUUGGCAUGAUUGGAAAUGCAAACACUCGAACGGCGUCUUGGGAGUUCAGCGUUUUUCGCAACGACUUUGUGAAGGAAGACGGCCAGUGGAAGCUGAGUAGUCUUGAAAUCACGCCACUCAUUGUCGCCGAUUACUAUAAAGGCUGGGGCAGAGGAGCCAGUGCUCGAAAUAGUAGUCGCGUGCCAGCAUUCCUAGACGUGGCCGCUCGAAGCUCCCGAGGAGUUGCACGAGACGGACCCAGUGGGGAUUUGGCAGAUCUUCGGCGCCAGCUGGCACGUUCGUCGGCUUAUGAUGGGGCUGAAAAUGUGUCAAACGCGUACGGCUUUGUCAUCGACGAUCUACAUUGCGACCUAAUGGGAGAUCUCUUCCAUACAAAGGGUCAUAAGAACUCCCCAUUUUGUGGAUAUUACCAAGGUCCUCAUCGGAACGCAGAUGCAUGUUAUACAUCAUGGGGAAGAAACCAUUCAGCCCUACGUCCCAGUAUUUCUUUCCACUGGCGGCCGCAGCCGGUGAUUCUCGUGUCAGAAGAUGGUCGUUCAGCCACACUCCGGGCACACCUUCUUCAACCCUCAACUUCGAAUUCGACGAGUGGUACCUUCAGGGGAGCCAUCUACCAUGACCAAAUGGCGCUCGAAGACGGCAAGUGGAGAUUAUGGAGCAUUACAAUUGACGAAUUUUACUGGCAAUCCAAGGACUGGGAAAAGGGCUGGGCCGGCGUCGAUCCGCGGAAUGCUUCCUCUCCGCUUCCAGCGCCGAGCGCACUUUUGACCAAGUACCCUCCGGACGUGACACUUGUUCAAAUUGGCGACCGUGAAGAUGGAUUCCAGGGUGGUACUGGGCGUUUCAUUUCCUGGCCAGAAAUCCAGCGUAUGUGGUUUCAAUAUCGCAACCUCGUCAGCGGACGUGUGCCUGAGCAUUAUUGGCCUGGAUGCGUUCCCUGUCAACUAAAGAAGGAGUGGAGUCUUUCUGCCAACGGCUACCAAGAACCACCAACAGGUCCAGAGCUCGCGAACGCAACAGUAUUGUAA